AAAUCAUGAAUUUGCAAUAGUCCAAUUCUCUCUGUCUGCGCUUUCUGCUUGUCAAGUCUUUAUCUAACCUCGAAAAGCCACUUUUACUCUACAUCACUAAGGCCCCUAUAGAUUAAGAAAAGAAACGGCCAAAUCAUAAAUCCAUGAUUAAGCACAUAGUUAGUAGUGUGGCACUAAUUAGCAAGCCAAUCAAUCAAGUGUAUAAAUAGGUCAAGACAUAUAAGCUAGGGUGCUCCAAGAGGGUGUUGAUAUAUAACGGCUAAAUAAGCACAGGACUGGUUUAGGUGCCUCACUACACAAGUUGGAUCAAAACUUGGUCACAAGCACUCUUUCUUUGCUUUUGUAUCUAGAGGUUGGACGAGCAUCGAAUACAUAGAACUGAUUAUAUGGCUCUCAGAGUUUCAUUGUUGAUGCUCAUGGUGACAUUGCUGCUUGUUGGUUCUUCAGCUUGCUUUGUAGAAGAGCUGAAGUCGAUUGGAUUUACUUACUCGGGUGCGACUGGCCCUCAGAGAUGGGGAAGAUUGAGUCCAUAUUUCUCAGCAUGUAAUGGAAAGAGGCAAUCUCCUCUGAACCUUGCCAAGGACCAUGUUGUUCGUAUGAGCAAUUUCAAGCCAUUAACCCGAAACUAUCUUGCGUUGAAUGCCACAUUAUACAACAAUGGCUUUAACAUUGGGGUGCAUUUCGAUGGACAAAUUGCAGGAACAUUAGACAUAGAUGGUAAGAACUACAACUUGAAGCAGCUGCACUGGCAUUCUCCCUCUGAACACCGUAUUAACGGAGUCCAAUUUCCAGCAGAGCUUCAUCUAGUUCACCUCGCAGAUGAUAAUAGCAUUGCAGUUGUGGCGACUCUUUUCCAAUAUGGCAAAAACGAUUCCUUCAUCUCUCAGAUCAAAGACCAGCUGGCGGAGUUGAAUGAGGAGGUAUGUAGAAGAGAUAAGGAUGCUCAUGUUCCCCUUGGAAAUAUAGACAUGAAGGAGUUCGAUAAAAAAACCCGCAAAUAUUGGAGAUAUGUUGGCUCACUCUCCUCUCCUCCAUGUACUGAGAAUGUCGUUUGGAACAUCCUUGGAAAGGUGAGGUACAUUUCCAAGGCUCAGAUAGAAGCUUUAAAAGCACCACUGGGAGUAGAUUACAAGAACAACGCCAGACCACUGCAGCCUCUUAAUGGACGCAAAAUUGAACUCUUCGAGGAGCUUAGCUAAAAGAGACUAGUCUAAGUAUCGAUUGAGAUCACCAUAUUUAGCUGAUAAUAUGUCAACAAUAAGCUAGCAGUGUACUAUUUUUGUGAUGAAUGGAAGAGAAAAAAAUAAGUUUGCUUA